UCUCCACCUGAGAUCGCGCCGCGCACUAAGGGACACAGACUGACCCUAGGAGAAGGAAAAACGGACCCGAGCAAUAGAAUAGAGAGAGAAGAGAGAGCGGGGGUAGGGAAGGGAGAAGAGGGAGAGUUGGAAAAGACGGGAGAGAGGCGUGGAAGAACUUGUGCUUUGCCCAGAUGAAGGAAUGGGCUUCAUUGAGGGAUUGGAAGGAAGCAGAUUUCCUGGCUCAGGGGCUGGUUUGACAAGGGGGGCUUUUCUCCCUUCUUCUUUUGGGAAUGUGAGGCCUAGAAUUGAUUUUUGAAAUGAUACUAUAUUUUGUGGGGACGCGGAGUAAACAGUUUUGGUGCUGCUUUGAUAGAACCCUACGCUUGCCGGCAGGAAGACCGGAGUUCAAAUCCCGCCCCAGACACGUAUUAGCUGUGUAAUCCUGGGCAUGACAUUUAACUUCUCCUAGUCCCAGUUAGCUCAUCUGUAAAAUGCGUUGGUAGGGGAAGGAGAAGGGAUAGUGUCUUUUCCAGCUUUAAAUCUAUGACCAUUUGGGUUAGGAACUGGGCCUGUGAUCCUAUCCUAUAUUGGAUCCAGUAGAGGAUCAACGGCUCUUGUGAUCCUAUCAGAAAGUUCCCUCAACCAAUACAAGUUGGCAUCUUCUCUGUAGUUUAAGAUGUUAGCGAAUUGCUUAGAACCUAGCCCUAGAGCUCUGAGAUGUGAAGUGGCAUUCUAGCCCUAGGAGGCCAAUAUGGGAGUGGAUAGAGAACUUUCUAUUCCAGGCUACCUCUUCUUGCCAAGGAACUUUGUACUUUAAGCCUUUCCUAAAUAACUCACAUCUUUCUGUCAUACGAACAACUAUAUAGCAUGUCUUUUUCCAAUGACAUGCAUUCAUUUUUGGUACCUUUUGUGUUGGGGAAUUAUAGCAGAUGCAUUAUAGCAGAUGCAUAGAAAAGUAAGAUCGAUUCCUCCCUUGUAGGGUUUACCAACCAGGCAAAAUGGAUAUAAUUUUCAGUUCUGGGCAACUGGUCCGGUGGGAGGUAUAAUCAGUUCGUGUAUUUGUCUGCACAUGUAUAUUUCUACGUAGAGGCAACAUGGUUUAGUGUUAAAAGCAUGGUACUAGGAAUGCAGAGAUCUAUGUUUAAGUUCUAGUUCUGACAAUUUACUUGUCUGGCCUGGGUUAAGGCAGUUAACCUUACUGAAUCUCAGUUUUUUCAUCUGUACAAUGCAUAUAAAUAAGACUUGUACUACCUAAUUGGUAGGGUAGUUGUAAAGAUACUGUUUUGUAAUUAAAAUACUUCAUAGCUAUGAUCCAUUGUGUGAACUUGAAGCAAUGCUGAGAGCUUAAUGCCUUGUUUAACUUCAUAUUUCAUUGCUGCCCCACUUUUUGGGUCAUUUGUAUGUCCCUAUCUCUGUAGAGCCUUGAGGUCUGAGGAUAUGACAGGAGCUCCUUGCUCUCUCCAGCUAACCAUUAUCUAUGCCCUCAGCUUUACCUAGAAAUGUAUGCAGAUAUUCAGCCUGAGUCUGGAGAGAACUGACUACUGGGAAUGCAGAUUUGAAGUCCAUCGUGGUAGUCCCAGUAGAAAGAUGCUGGCCCUGAAUAAGAUGACCAUCUCCUUCAACCCCCAAAACCUGGACGUACAAGAACAUAACAGAGUCCUGAAAGUAGAUACCUCCCUUGAUCAGGUCAUUGCCCUAGGAAGAGAGAAAAAAUUUAACCCAGAGGCUUCUCGCCAGAACUUCAGAUGUUUUCCAUACCCAGAAAAGGCUGGACCCCGUGAAGCUGUGAACCAGCUCUGGGAACUCUGCCUUCAGUGGUUGAGGCCAGAGAUUCACUCAAAGGAACAGAUCCUGGAGCUGUUGGUGCUGGAGCAAUUCCUGACCAUCUUACCCAGUGAGAUCAGGACUUGGGUGAAGUCACAGUGUCCAGAGAAUAUUGAGGAAGUGGUCUGCUUGGUGGAAGAUUUGACUCAAACCCUUGAGGAGGAAGCUUCAUGUUCUUAUGAUUCUUCUCUUCUUCAAGAAGAAAGCACAGAGAAGGAAGAAAUGUUUCCAGUAACCAAAUUUCUGGAAUCAGUGACUUUCAAGGAUGUGGCUCCUGACUUCACUUGCGAAGAGUGGGAGCAAUUGGAACCUGUUCAGCAGGACCUCUGCCGAGAUGUGAUGUUGGAGAACUAUAGGAACUUAGUUUUUCUUGGGCUUUCCACUUCCAAACCAAAUGUGACCUCCUGGAUAGAACAUAUGGAAGUGCCAUGGAUGCUAGAGAGUGAAGCUCCAAGAGGCAUCAGUCUAUAUUGGGAUAAUGGACCUGAAACUAAGGAGUUAUUUUCAAAAUGGAAAACUUCUUUAGAAGAGUCAUCUCACGGGGCGACAAUAAAAGUUCAUAAUUCCUGGAACUCUGAAUUAGGAGAAGCCUUCAAAUGUUAUGACAUGUUGGUAAGGCAGCAAGGCCAACAGAAAAAUCAUUUGAAGCUAGGAACAAUCACUCACGAGGAAAAUCUAAAUAAAAUUAAAGAUUCUAAAAGCAGUGAAUUUGGGAGAAGCUUCAAUCUGAGCUCAAUGCUGAUUACACAACAGAGAACUCCAUUAGUGAAUAGUCUCUCUAAAUAUGAUAUACAUGGCAAGAGCUUCAAAGAUAAUUCAGAACUAUCUGAAUAUCCAAAAAUCUAUGCAGAAGAGGAAUCUUUGAAGUAUAAAGAAUUUGGGAAAGUUUUCAGCCAGGAUUUACAGCUUAAUCUUCAUGCUCAUCAUUCUAGAGAGAAAUCCUACAAAUGUAAUGAAUGUGGGAAAGCCUUCACCAAAUGGGCAAACCUUACUCGACAUCAGAGAAUUCAUUCUGGAGAAAAACCAUUUAAAUGUAAUGAAUGUGGGAAAGCCUUCACCCAGAGAGCACAACUUACUCAACAUCAGCUUACUCAUAGUGGAGAGAAACCAUUUAAGUGUUAUGAAUGUGGAAAAGCCUUCACUCAAAGGGCACACGUAACUCAACAUCAACUUACCCAUAGUGGAGAAAGACCCUAUAAAUGUAAUGAAUGUGGUAAAGCCUUUACCAAUCGGGGAAUACUUACUGAUCAUCAGAGAAUUCAUUCUGGAGAGAAACCUUAUAAAUGCAAUGAAUGUGGGAAAGCCUUUACCAAGAGGGGAAUACUUACUCAACAUCAAAGAAUUCAUUCUGGAGAGAAACCCUAUAAAUGUAAAGAAUGUGGGAAAGGCUUCAACCGAAGUACACACCUUACUCUACAUCAACACACUCAUAAUCAAGAGAAACCAUUUAAGUGUAAUGAGUGUGGGAAAGCCUACAGCCAGAUUUCACAGCUAAAUACUCAUCAAAAAGUUCAUUCUGCAGAGAAACCCUAUAAAUGUAAUGAAUGUGGGAAAGCCUAUAGUCAGAUUUCACAGCUUAAAAUUCAUCAAAGAAUUCAUUCUGGAGAAAAACCCUAUAAAUGUAAUGAAUGUGGGAAAGGCUUUAACCGGAAGACACACCUUACACGACAUCAGAGGAUUCAUACUGGAGAGAAGAACCUUAACCAUAGUAGGGACUUAAUGAAUGUUUGUUGAAUUGAAAUGUUUUGUUGAAUUCUAAGUUGCCUAUGUCUAAUAUAUUGCCAUAAUUUAAAAGGCUAGUUAUACUUCAGAAAAGAAAAUGUUAGUCUUGCAUGUUCAGUGAAGUCAUGCUGAACUUUUAAUCAUUUCUACUUCCCUAUUUUUUAUUAAUUUGACAAACAUAUACUUUUCCAACUAUACAGAAAAAAAGAUUGUAUACAAUACAGGAAAUCAAGUAUAAUUAAAUUUAACAUUGCACUACCAUCACAACCCUGUGUGUCUUGUGUCCUUUUUUCUGUUUAUUUUUCAGUUAAUUUUUUUCAUAUUUUUGUGCAUAAUUAUUCAAUUCACUUACCAAUUUUUUUGGCUUAUAAUUGAGCAAAGUAGUUUCUUGAUAGUUUCUUUUAUUUAUCAUUGGUUGUAAAUUCUUAUUUUUCAUUUUUAUUUCUGACAAUUUGAUUUUCCUUUAAAAAUUGAAUUAGCUAAUGGUUUGUCUAUCUUAUUAAUUAAAAUCAAAACCUAGUUCUUAGUUCUUUAUUUUCAAUUUUAUCACAUUUAAUUUUUAGAAUUUCAGUUUUUGUAUUUAGUUGAGAGGUACUGAUUUGUGGCUUUUAUAAAUUAAUU